AUGAAUGAUCAAGUACAGUAAAAUUUAAUUUUAAUUUUUUUUUUAUUUUUAUUCAUUUAUUUUUAUAUUUAUUUUAUUAUUUUUAAAAAUUUUUAUUUAUUUUAUUAUUUUUUUAAUGUUUUUUAUAACUUUCAUUUUUCCAACUAAAAUUGGUUGCAUAAUCCCCAUUUUACUGUACAACGCAAGAAUUUAGCUAAAAAAUCCUCAGGAGAGCCUAAAAAAGAAUAUCAAAAAGUCAGGAUCAAAGACACUGAAUUUUGUGUUGGGGACACUGUCCAAAUACUUGUUAAUGAAAACGAAUAUUCUUACGGCACAAUAGAACGAAUCUGAUGGCACCAACGUCGAGGCAAGCCCAAGGCUGAAAUCCGUGCCUAUUUCAAACCCAAAGAUCUAUUCGAAAACACAGAAAUUUUCAGCGAAGCUGAGCUAUUUGAUUCAAAUUUAGUCCAAACUAUCGAUAUAGAGUCCAUUGAAGGCAAAGUAUUAGUAUUAGAAUUCCAAACUUAUUAUCAAGAAGACUAUUGAGAAGAAAACAUUUUCUUUUCCAGAGCCAAAUGGAAUACAAAGACUCGGCAGCUCGAACCUCCUAUAAAAGACUGAAUGAAGGUCUGUAUAUGCAACCAAAUAUUCAACCCCGAUAAGCAAUAUAGCUAUUGUGAUAAGUGUGGGUCCUUUUUUCACUCAGAGUGUGUUGAAGAAGCAGCGAAGGAAGGAAAAAUUUAUGCGGAUUGCCCCAAAUGCCCAGAAAUUUAA